CUCGAGCACCUCGCAUGUUCCUCCGCGCUCCACAAUACCAAUACACUCGCUGAGAGAAAACCUCAGUGCCGAGAUCGUCUCAUAACAACAACAAGCUUUUAAACCACUGUUACUAAGUGCCGGUCCCGAGCGUGGUUGAGCCACGGUGUGAACUCUCCUACUGUCGCCGGACAUGUGAAAAACAAAGCCUUUGUGACAGCACCGGGCAAAGUCAUGUGGUGUGCCGGAGAUACACGUAAAAUGAAAUAAUAAGGGUGAAGGGUGACCCCCGGCAUGAGGUCGGGGGAGGCGGGCGAGGGCUCGGAGCUGGCGGAGUUUGGCGCGCGCUGGCCGCCGCCCUACUCGCAGGGCUACGGCUGGACGCGCUCCGCCACGCCGCAGCACCCGCCGCCGCACCAUCUGGCGAGGCACUCUCGUUCGCAACAGGACAACCGUCACACGAGCUACGAGGCGGAGGACGCAAGGGGGCGGGCGCGGGGAGGGGUUUACUACUCGCCCCCUGGGACCUCCUACACCAUAGUGGAACGGCCAGCUUCUUCCCACGGCCACCACGCUUCCUACUCGCAACACUACUCUGGGAAGCUAACCAGGGCCCCCUAUCUCGGGUCUACCACAAUUGCUAAUAAUGCAGGAGCAACAAGUUUGAGGAAUAGUACAAACCACCUGAGCGCGGCGAAUGGCAAGAAGCGGCCCAUAUCUCCAGAGCAGGUGCUAAGACUGUUUGGGCAAGGUGGUGCUGCGGCGCUGGGCAAGGCUCUGCCGCCGUCGCAUCCCCCCGCACCCCUGCCUGCCCCCCUGCCCGCCAGGAGGCACUCUCCGGCUAGCAGUCCAAGCAGUACCACCCAUCAUGCAAUAUACCGCGGUGGCGAGCGGGAGCGGCCGUACUCGUCGGGCGGCGCGCCGCCGCCGCCUGCGGAGCCCGCCACGCGCACCGUCACCAUGAGCCGCGACCCCGCCGACUCGCACGGCUUCGGCAUCUGCGUCAAGGGUGGCAAGGAGGCAGGGGUGGGCGUGUACAUAUCAAGAGUGGAAGAGGGAUCGGUGGCGGAGCGCGCAGGGCUCCGACCCGGGGACUCCAUUCUGCAAGUCAAUGGGACGCCCUUCUCGGGAAUCUCACAUGAUGAUGCAUUAAAGAUGUUAAAGUCCUGCCGACAAUUGACGAUGACGGUGCGGACAGCGGGCGCGCUGGUGGGACGGGCGUCUUGCUCGUGGAUGGACCGGUAUGGCCGGCCUGCGUCGCCGCCGCCUGCCCGCCCGCCACGAUCAGCCAGCAAGGACCGUUCUAUACGUAGGGUGGACCUCUGUAUAGAACCAGGUCAAUCUCUGGGACUGAUGAUCCGAGGCGGACUUGAGUACAACCUGGGAAUCUACAUCACUGGUGUGGAUAAGGAUUCCGUUGCCGACAGAGCUGGUCUCAUGGUCGGUGAUCAAAUACUGGAGGUGAACGGUCAGUCGUUCGUGGACGUGACGCACGACGAGGCCGUAGCGCAGCUGAAGUACCACAAACGAAUGUCCUUGUUGGUGCGGGACGUCGGGAAAGUGCCCCAUGCAUGUACUGCUUACGGGGAACGAGACGCUGCUCCCAGAAUAAGUGGCUGGGGAAAAAGACGAGGUGCUGCAUCUGUGGCAGUAGAACAGAAAGCGAGGUCGUUGCUCCCUCAGAGCGACUUACCCGCGCUCGCCUACUACAUGGAAGAGUACGCGGCUAGAAGACUCACACCAGAUGCCUUCCUCACAGUACUUCGUGACCUGCUGGAUACACCGCAAAAGUAUACCCUACUGACAGAAAUAAGAGAGUUCUUGUUGCCCGAAGACAGGCCACGAUUCGACGAGCUCGUGUACCGGCGCGGCGAGGAUUCAGGGGACCACCAUCUUAAGAGGGGAGGCGAUAGACACAUGCUACCUUCUUCGACGAUGCACGAACUGCACGACCCGGAGGGGCCGGCGGAGGUUCCUCUGGCGGCAGACCACCGCUCGCCCUCCGAAGAUUCCGGCUUGGGCCUGCCACCGCACGACCACGCAUACAGGAGCGGGCGGGGCUGGCGCGCGGCCGCGGACGCGCCGCUCCAGGAUGAGGACUUGGAGCCACCGCACGAGGAAUACGAAGAAGAAGGGCGGCGUUCCCGGAGACACUCCUCGCCCUGCAACUCCCGAGAAGGCAGCACCACCGCACUUCACACUCAGCACUACGACGAUGCUGAAUUGGCACACAAGUUGUCGCGGAGUUUCGACAUGAAAGAAGAGGGUGGAGCUCUAUUAGAAGACAGAGGUGGUAUCCGCCGACACCAGUCCAUGCAGCGGCUGCAGCACGGCGAAUCGCAGAUGGACGAGGGCAGAGCUGCCAGAGUGGUGCCAGACCACCACGGGAACCUACACAUAAGCGUCAAAAAGACUAAACCUAUACUAGGAAUCGCGAUAGAAGGCGGAGCGAACACGAAACAUCCAUUACCAAGAAUUAUCAAUAUCCAUGAGCAUGGUGCGGCAUACGAGGCCGGUGGCCUGGAGGUAGGUCAGCUGAUCCUGGCAGUAGACGGCCACCGCGUGGAAGGCAUGCAGCAUCAGGAUGUUGCAAGGCUCAUAGCUGAGUCCUUCGCACAGAGGGACAAGCCGGAAAUCGAGUUCCUCGUAGUCGAAGCAAAGAAGUCGAAUCUGGAGCCAAAGCCCACAGCGUUAAUAUUUUUAGAGGCCUAACAUCUACUGUCCCUCCCCGCCAGCGACCCGCCGGCCGCGCAGGGCAGCGCGACGCCGGGGGCCGCCCUCACCGCGCACACCACGGAAUAGCCAACUCCAACCUGCGAUGUCACAUGCUCUUUUGAACACGACCGCUCUCUAAAAUUUGACCACACGUCGCUUCUUGAGGUUGCCUUACAUAAGAACUAUGUAAAUCUGAAUAAUAAGGCCGUUAGAUUUCUGUGAUCACAACAUUAUGAUAUUAUUUUUUAAGACAUCAAAACAAUGGUCACAAUAACGCCAAUUUGUCACUUUUUGUAUUAAAAAAAAUAAGUUCCUAAUUGACAUUAUUUUGUGGAAAUCGUUUCAGCUACUUGGAAGUUCUAGAAGCUAAAAAUCAUUUUAAAUCAAUCACUCAGGCAAACUUGUUCAUAGAGUGGUCAAUGUGACAAAUUUGAGAUAUAAAAACAAAUUACAGGUAAUUAUUUAACUGUCAAAUGUGUUGUGAUGUACGGAAAUCUUUAAUAGCUUUGUCUAAGAGAAGAAAUGUGUGGUAUAAUAAGAGGUUAGCGGAGACGUGUCAUGCUCUACGGGGACUCGGACCACUGUAAGGAUGAUGAUCGUCGUAACGACAUACUAACCGACGCUAGAACGGGCUGACAUGACAAUACAGACUGGCGAUUUGACGCAGGUAACACAAGUAGGCUAUGCGAUAUAAUGGCACAAGGGAGGCAAAUUUUCUACAUCUCGAGAAUUCUCCUAAAUAAUAAAGAAAUUAGUUACGAUGCACACUGCCCGAGAAGUUUUAGACAAAUGUCUUAAUAAAAAUACGUCCCACUUUUCUAAAGGGAUAUUCGGGUAGUUCGGAAGAAAAUUUUGUAAAUUAUUUUCUAGUAGUAGAAUUAAACCAAUUUUACCAGUAGUCAGCGACUGAAUUUUAUAAAAGAAAAUUUCCUACUUUAACCAAUUGUGAUAAGUUCAUCAUAAAAGGUCACACACAUUAUGCAUCGUUUCAAUUAACAAGUAGUCUCGAUCGAUUCAAUCCCGUAACUAAUUUUGAUAGAACUAGAGUUGUAUGACGAUAACAUAGAUCUUAUUGUUGAUUUUCGAAACGAAUUGUGCUAAUAUUCGAUUGGUAAUGUUGCUAUGAGAAGAUCAAUCAGUAAAGAGUUGCCGGUUCACGAUCACAGUAGUUUUCAGUAGCGGUCGAGUAGUGCUUGUUGUCAGCGCGUUCCGUAGCAUUCCAUGCAAAAGAGUUCACACUUGCGAUGUCAUCCAUGUGCCAUCAAUGUUAGCAAGGUUCAGCGUCAUCUCAUCCCAGGUCUUUAUCGGUGGUAGAUAGUAACAUGCAGCCCAUCAUCAUCAGUAGAGCUGAGCUUGCAGCACGACGCGCUCCUAAGCAAGCUGUUUUAUGAAUUAUACAUUAUAUUAUUUUGUUUACACACAUGUGCACGGCUCGGGCAGGCCACGGGAUUGAGACGCAGGUUUACCGUCGCAUAAUAAUGACAAUUAUUAUCUGUAAAAUACAGGCUCCGGCGCUUUUAGCUAAAGAAAAUUAAAAAGAAAUCUAAUACACAUUUAUAAACGUUUUACUAGGAACGUAUUAAUAUCUAUGAUGAUGGAUAAUUUGCGUCUCGCCCCUGGCUUCAAAAAACACCGGUUAUAUUCAUUUAUAGGUAAAACUUUCCAUAGAUUUAAAUUUAGCUCCCAAAAUAGACAUUAUUUUAUUUACCCAUAAUUUAUAAUACUUUAGAUUCCAGAAAAAUUAUGUUUGUGCUUUCUUCUCAGUUUGCUUAGCGAAGCUAUUUUCAAUAUGCGUCAAAUAGGUCAUUCCAUCAGGUAGGUAAGCGGUGAGUUUACGAAAUUAUGGCGGAGAGGGAUUUUAGCCCACUCUUUUAUUUAUAUGCGUAGAUUGUAAGUGAAUGUGUGCUAUAUAAUCAAAUAUUUUGUUAGAUGUUAGAUUCAAUAAUAUCUGCUACAUCAAUAUUCUUGAAAUCACGAUGCAUCAACAAAGAAAAUGCUUCAGAAGCAACUUUCUAUAGGUAACUAUCUUCGUGAUGUUCUUCAAUAUCGAAAUGUUCUUGAUUCUCUGAUAUAUAUCUAUGUGAGUGUUGCUAGUGCUUUUAAUAUUACCUAUCUUGUAAGCUGUAGAUAUUGUAUACGUUCCAACCAAUGUAAUACAUGUAUAAAAUUUGAAAUGCUGUAACAAAACCUCAUUCUUUCGAAUUAUCUAAACAAGUGACCGUUGUAAAUAUAUAUAUUUAUAAUCAUAAGCUGUAAAUAUUGACUUUGAAUGUAUUGUAAUAUAAUAUAAUAAAUAUUUAUCAAAGUUAGUGCCAAAAGCAUAUAAAAUUCCCUCGAAAAUUGCGUGUGUACAGGUCGAUGGUCAAAAUGUAAGCGACCGGCAUUAACAAAAGAGUUUUGAGGCACUCGUUGAUUUCAAUGACCUGUCUGUAGCUGUGGCCUCAGAAUGUACAAUAACAUCCGUCAAUCAACUGGAGACAGAUCAAUGAAACGAGGUACCAUGCUCUAACACAGGCUAAUCUCACAGAAUACGCUUUUGAACUAUUAGAAUUUGAUGAUCAUUAACACUUGUAUUUAGGUAAUUUUAACACGUUUCAUAGUUACGAAAAUAUAUUUUCAAAACUAUUGUAUGUACUUAUCCAAAAAUUUUUGAUUUGUUGCAAACUGAUUUACUAAAAGCAUUGUGAUUAGAAUGUAAAAUAAAGUCACAAGGUAAAUCCGCCUUUUCAGGUUUUAAAUUUUAACCGUUUUAAUUAUUAGAGUGACAUUUUAGUGACAUGAACAGAGUACCUAUGCACUGAAACAAAUAUAUUUUGUACGAAUAAUUAUUAUAGUUAAUUUUAACUUAUAACUAAUUAUAUUUAAGUAAUGGUACAUAUAAGUUUGUAUGAUUGUUACAUUUAAGUAUAUACCUACGCCAGGCGCGGCACACCGCCCAGCCUCUAUUCGAGUCAAUUCAUCCUUUACGUACUUAACACAGCAAACCAAAAGCAAUUUUAAACGUAGGGAAUAAGACUUAUUUUAAUAGAACUGCAACAAAUUAUCUUAGUUUAGCAAUUGUUUUGUAUUUUCCCACGAGUUUUACGAUUUGUUUACCAACAGAUUGAUCCGACUUGUCAUAGAUCGCGACAACGGCAAAAAUUCAAUCCUAAUUAUAGUAUGCCGUCCAAUUAUGUUCGCAUUUAGUUUAAUUCACCGUGAUGGUAUGGUGAUUAUCGUUGACAAAUCAUAACAUGUAAUCGACCUUGAAAAUAUUCGAUGUUGGUAAACAUUUCUCUGAAAUAAUAAAAAUCUCUAUCGCAAAGUUAAAACUUCGCGCGGGUGUUUCGUU